AGCUGAUCACUGACAACAAGCGCGCGAAUAGCUCAAGACCGAAUGCAGCGCGCGCGUGGGCACGGAUGUGCUGUCUGUUACGCUGCGCGAGACUGAAGAAAAGUCCCGAAUAGUCAAUAGUGGUUAACUUACAUAUUUCUGGGCAGGUAUGUAAAUGUAAAUUUUAAACCGUGUUUGAGACACUUACGUGUUUUCCUUUCGUGGGAUUUGAUUAUGUAGUUUACAUUUCCUUUUCGAUAGAAUUUCAGACAUUAUCUAGGGAUUUCCAGAACCGACUGCGUCCGACGGACUUUUCCCUGGGACUGCUGUGUUGAAAACGUCUCGAGGAAGGAAAAACUCUGAAAUAUGUAGCUAACCUGCUGGCAUAUUUUAACUGGACAAGACUGUACACUACUCACAGCAGUCCGAAGACGCUGUUUACGUUUUUUGUCCAAGAUAGAAAAUGAUCCCACCGGCUAAUAUCAUGCAGGCCGACAGUUCAGGCAAGGAGAACGGCCACGAUCAGUCAUCGGCGCCCAGCUCAAGUCAACAGGAGACAAAGGUAGUGGUACCCAAGAAGAUGCAGAAGCUGAAGCGCUCCCUGUCCUUCAAGACCAAGAGCAUGCGUAGCAAAAGCGCGGACAACUUCUUCCAGCGUAACGACAGUGACGCCAAGCUGUCCACGGAGCUGCUCUCCGACAACAGCAACAGCACAGGGCAACUGAGCGUGCUCGGUGUGGCGUUGGGACGCGCCUCCAAGCCCGCCCACCUGGCCCGCCACGCCCCACCCCUCUCCACCACCAACCUGGUGAUCUCUAACGCACCCCCGGCCAUCCCAUGCGCCCCGCCUUCCUUGGUCUACUCACCGGGACGCCACCCGCUUGCCAUCGACCCGACCGGACAUGGCUUCAUGGAGCACAUCUUCAAGAAGCCGACCUUCUGCGAUGUCUGCAACCACAUGAUCGUAGGGACCACCUCCAAGCACGUGGUGAUGCUGGCAGGGAACACGGCCAAACACGGCCUCCGCUGUAAAGCCUGCAAGAUGAGUAUCCACCACAAGUGUGAGAAAGGAGUUGGACAGCAGCGGUGUCAAGGCAAGCUGCCCAAGGGCUUUCGGCGGUACUACAGCUCACCACUGCUAAUAACAGAGCAGUUUGGCUGCAUCAAAGAAGUCAUGCCCAUAGCUUGUGGCAGUAAAGUGGACCCUGUGUAUGAAGCUCUCCGGUUCGGGACGUCGUUGGCCCAAAGAAACAAGAGAACCAGCGGCUCCGAGUCCCCCCACAGAAACUCUGCAGACUUGGCCCAGGUUCCAGAAGAGACCGUCGCUCACGGCAGUAGACAUGAACUCGCCAGGAAGAGCAGUGAUGAAGUAUUCACAUCACUUGACAACGGAAUGGAGACUAUCCCUUAUUGCCACAUGGCCGAGAGGAAACCUGAUGAUUCACUGGAGAGGAGGCGGCUGCAAAAGGACAUAUUGCAGCUCAACACCUAUGUGGCUUUAUUCACAUUCAUACCACAGGAGAGUCAAGACCUGGAGAUGAGACCGGGAGACAGAAUUGUGCUGCUGGACGACUCCAACGAUGACUGGUGGAAGGGUGUGAUCGAGGACAGGAUCGGUUUCUUUCCAUCGGCCUUUGCUCACCAGGUGAAGGCCGAGGACAGAGUGUUCAGGUGUAUUCGCACAUACAUCGGCUGCAAGGACCAAGGCCAGGUCACCUUGAAGGAGGGACAGAUUUGUGUAAGCAGUGAGGAUGAACACAGUGGGUUUAUCCGAGUGGCCAGUGGAAAGAAAAAUGGCUAUGUGCCCUGUGAUGUCCUGGAGAACAUCUGAUUGAAGAAUAAACUGAAAGACAAGGAGAGGAGAGAUGAAGAGGAGGAGAGAGGGGUGUCUCGUGGCAUACUCCUUUCUCAGGAUACACAGGUACGGCUAUGACACCAACCUGUUCGGUGCAAGGAGGAUGGGUACACCUCCAAAAUGUCCCCCCAAAAUGUCCGCCAUGGAGGAAACACUCUGUUGAGCUGCUACUCCAAACACCUGAAGGUUGCUGUUACAACCAAGCGGAAUGGUGUUGUCCCUAUUUCAGCUUGGAGGGGAAACUUUGAGUUGGAUAACCUGACUUUGUUAUUGUACAGUAUGGAUCAUUGAACGACUGGAUUUAAUUUAACUUCAUAAAGAUAAUAUAUAUAUAUAUUUUAGAGUUUUGAUAGAUUUUUAAAAGGACUGCUAUGCAUUGUUUGUUAUUUCUUUGAUUUCCAGUAGAGCAUACGAGUGACACAUCCUGCAUGAAGGGUCUGAAUGUCCUCCUGUGUCUACUGCUGACAAAGAGCAAGAAAACUAAGCAUUUGUCAUCAGAAUAUUUUAGUAACCUUCACGCAUAUAUAUUUUGGCUUAUUUAGUGUAAACUGCGGGAUGUUUCACCCAAAUGUUCUAGCUCUUAUUCACUGAAUCACAUAGCUGCCCAUAGGUCCAGAUUAAGUUCUGAAAUAAUGAAAUCACAUUUUAUUUUAAACUUUAAAGCAAGCAGUUGAGGUUACAAACAGCAUAUUUAUCAAAGGCAUAGAAGAUAGAAGGCCCUUUUAUUUGUCAGUAUGCUCAUAUGAAAGCCUGUAGCUCACGAUUACAGGCCUAUUCUCCUCAGACAGAGAGAGGUUUCAUGAGACCCUCUGAGAUACAAAGCAUCCAUAUGUUGCCUUUGUUGCUUGGAGAGGAACAAGAGGCUCUGGUGUGGGGGGGCACCGUCUAAAUGAGACACACAAGCACAGGUGAGACAUUCUUUCUUGCAUUUCACCCCACUUUAAAUAAAUAGUAUUUCUGCACAAAUCAAGCUAUGUAUUUUUUUGUCUGCUUACACUAUUGUAAGACAAAGCUUUUCAUAAAAACGUGACCUUUGAAACAUAAAAAGUACUACAUUGAAGAUCCUUCUGAAAAACAGAAUAUUUUAAAACAAUGAAUUCCUAAUUCGCUAGUUAAGUCUGCAGACAAUCUUUUAUGUUAUGAAGACAGGAUAAAAGAUUUGAUAAUACAUUAUGUGAAUUUAGGAAGUAGGCAACCUCUGUUAAGUGUUUAGGUGAAUUGUAUUUUUAUGUAUGUCAUAAACUCUACAUACCUGUUAUUGUCAAGGCAUUUGAACACAGUUUCAGUGAAACCUAAAUUAUUUGGGGUAUAGGUCAUAUACAAUAUCUUUAGAGAAGCUUCAAUACAUCUUAAUUUGACUUAAAUUUUACUCAAAUACCUGAAGACCAUUUUAGGUCAGCUCAAGAAAUGCUUGUACCCUUUUUCCCUCACAGCCCUGUUCCAUUCCAUCCUCUGCUCAGAUGUGCUUAUAGGUAUUCUUGUUCAUCCUCAUGUAUAGAAAUAUUUUACCUGUUAAAAUAUUGCUAUUAAAAGGAACUGUUAAAAGGAUAGUUCGGAAAUUGGGCAAGAAAACCCCCAGCCACUUCCCUAAAGACAAAUGGAUGGAUAUAAUUGUAUGUGUCUGUGCCCGGUUUGAAGAUAUUUCAAGGUAGUUUUGCUAGGUAAUGCUAACUAGCGUCAGAGCACUGUUGCUAAAUCUAUAGGAACCUCUAGCAGGCUAGGAGUUCCUACAUUAGCUUGUGAAAACACAUUUAAUGUCCUUCAUACUGGAUGCAGGGACAUUAAACUGCAUCUGCAUCCAGUUCUUCUGACUGCGGGAAAGUUGAUAGGAAUCUCAAACUGUCCCUUUAAAGGAAAGGUGUGUCUGUAAAUGUAUGUAUCUCUCUAAGCUUCUCCAAGCUACACUGAAACUUGGCUUUAUUGGAUGUCAAAGACCACCGCAUUGUAUAUAAUGUUUGCACAAAAUAAAAAAUAUUUAUGAUCA